AAAGGCGUCUGGAGCCCCCACUCCUGACGCCAGCAACCCUGAUGGCCCCACCCCCACCGUGUUUGGAGGUGAAGCCGUGAUAUUUAAUGUUAAAAGGGUUAGAUCAACCUCCCUUUACUGCUCCUCUUAUGCGUAAUAAAAUUAAAAAAAAUACAAAACCGCUUGUUGGAUCUGUAGUUACUGACAGAUGCUUCGGCAGAAAAAAUGGCGAUUUUUAAUUGUAUUUUAAGGUUAUAUACGAUAUCAAAACAUAACCUUACAUUAUAGCGAUGAACACAGUAUUUAUGUUUAGAAAUAUUUCAAAUAUAGUUUCAUAGAUAUGGUGUAACAAAAUGUCAAUUAUGUGUAAAAGGAAAAGAGAGGAAACUUUACAAAAAGAAGAGCUUCAAUUACUUGAUAAAUCUGAAUUGAUAGAAAAAAUACUACAACUGGAAGAAAGAAAUAAACAAUUAGAAGCCAUAAUUAAUAAAGGGAAUGAAAAGUCUAGAAAUGGAGAUGCUAUCUCUAAAUCACAGAAACCAUUUGAUUUUUCAAAAUGUUAUAAAAGGCACAUUCUCUUAAAAUUUUAUUACCUUGGAUGGGAUUGCAAUGGUUUUGUUGUACAAGAAAAUACAGAUAAUACAAUAGAACAGCAUGUAUUUGCAGCAUUAAUAAAGAGCUGUUGCAUAGAAUCACGAGAAACGUCUAAUUAUCACAGAUGCGGCAGAACCGACAAAGGUGUCAGUUCAUUUUCUCAAGUGAUUUCAUUAGAUAUUAGAAGCAAUUUAAAACCAGAGGACCAAAACAAAUUAGGGGAUGAACUUCCUUAUUGUAAAAUAUUAAAUAGAUUACUCCCUUCUAACAUAAGAUGUAUAGCAUGGUGUUCAGUACCAGAUGAUUUCUCAGCGAGAUUUGAUUGCAAAUUUCGGAAGUACAAGUAUUUCUUUCCAAGAGGAAAUUUAAACAUAGAUGCUAUGGAUAAAGCUGUUAAGUAUGUUAUAGGGGAGCACGACUUUAGAAACAUUUGUAAAAUGGAUGUUGCCAAUGGUGUUACUAAUUAUAUGAGAACCGUUAUAAACGCCGAGGUAUCUCUGUAUCGGCGAAAUUUUAAAAAUUUAUCAGGGUAUGACAUAUGUCAAUUAAUCAUAUCAAGUCAAGCAUUCUUAUGGCAUCAGAUUCGUUGCUUAAUGGGUGUUUUGUUACUUAUUGGUCAAGAAAAAGAGAAACCGGAAGUGAUUUUAGAACUUUUAGAUAUUUCAAAAUGUCCUAGAAAACCUCAAUACAAUUUAGCACAUGAAGUACCAUUGAAUUUAUGGUAUUGCGAAUACGAAACUAAAGAGUGGUACAUUGACGAACAAGAAUUAAUAAACACAAUUAAAGUUUUGCAGAAAGAUUGGACGCUAAAUACCGUAAAAUCAGUUAUGAUUGAGAAUAUGUUAUCAGAUUUGGAAGAGUCAACGAACUGUAAGAAUUUAUCUUUUCAAAAUGAUUGUCUACUUCUUGGUGUACAAUCAAAAACGUAUCAGCCGCUAAUGAAACGAGUAACUUGUGAAAGCUUGGAAAAUAAAAUAAUACACUAUGAGAAUAAAAAGAAAAGGAAAGAGUUUGAUUGAUUAAUAGUGCUGUUUAAAAGUAAUAAA